GCCAAGAUUAUGCCGUAUAGACCUGAAGCCGAUCUUAAGCGACCUGAUUUGAAAGGCGAGUUUCUCUGUGGUCAUUGUGGCAAAACUUUCUGUCAUGCGGCAUCACUUAAUCGACAUCGUCUCAAUUUUCACGGAGAUGAUCAGCAUUGUCAAUUGUGCGAUGCAAAAAUUCCAGCUCAUGAGACAGUGCGCCGCCAUAUGGGCGUUCAUCACGCCAUAAAUCGAGUCUUUACUUGUGGGUGCUGCAAUUGGACUUUCCCCGAUAAAAAGGAGUUGCAUGCCCAUAACAACAGCAUGAUGCGCACUGGACAUCCGGGAGAGGCCAAGGCCAUAGCGAUCAGCAGCAGACCGCCAGGCUCGUUGUCACAAGCUGAACUCCGUGGUGAAGAGCAUGGCUCCCCAAGACCGGCAGCCCCAAAAUGUGCUCCACGAAAGAAGGACGAUAAGCCCAAUGCUGCACAACUGCUUUUUGGACAACUGAUGAGCUUACAGGCACAGUCGCAGUCUCCUUCCCAGGUAACGGUGUCAGCGGAUUGGCUGAAUGCAUUCGUACUCAAUAAUCCAACCCUUCUUCCAUUGCUACACCACCUUCAUGCAGCUGGAGACGCUGAGGUGAGCCGGAGCUUUCCUACCUUGUGCAAUCUAUGGAGAUAA